CGGGAGAGUUAUUGCUUGAGUUGCGACAACAUUUAAAAAAUACAACAUGCAGAUAAAGUUCAGAAUGAUACAAUUUCAUGUGUACAACGUCUAAAGACCUGCAUCACUAUAAAGUGUCUGUUUCUAAAAGAACCUAUUUGGGUUGUUUUUUUUAAACAUUUUUUUUAUUGUUUUUCAACACCCCCACAAUGCACAACGAGCAACGAGGAAGUCUAUUGCGGCUGGGGAGUGCACCUGGGAAAUAGACCACAUCAGCCACCAACCUACAGCUAUUGGACUGAGGACAGUUGAGAUGCAUGGCCUGUAAGCAGCCAGCGCCAGUGAUGGCUCACAGGAAGAGGCCAGGGACCAGCGGCUCCAGCUGCAGCAUGGUGGUGCCCCCCGUCCGGCCCCCCUGCCCCGCCGCCUACCCCCCAGAGCAGCACGACCAGGAGCAUGAGGAGGGGCCGGGGAGGAGGAGGAGGAGGAGGUCCACUACUGCCGCCAGCAGGGCCUGGAGCCAGAGCUGACGAACAGCCGGCCAGCUACACCUACUACACCUGAGCCGGAACACGAACAUGAACACAGCCAUGACCACGAUCACCCAGACUGCCACGACCAUGAUGACCACAGUCACAGCAGCGACCAUGCAGAGUGCCAUGGCCACGAGCAUGCAGACUAUCACGGUCACAGUCACGACGACGUAGACUGCCAUAACCACGGCCACGUCCACAGUCACAUCAAUGACCACGACCAUGCAGGCUGCCACGGCCACCGUCACGACCACGCUGACAGCCUGGACGGGGACUCCAGCUCUGACUAUGUGAACAACACCUCAGAGGAGGAGGACUAUGAUGAAGGUCUGCCGGAGGAGGACGAGGGCGUCACCUACUACAUCCGCUACUGCCCUGAGGAUGACAGCUACCUGGAGGGCAGCAUGGACUGCAACGAGGCCGAGGCUGACUACACCGCCAGCACUGUGCAGCACCUCCGGUCUGAGCCCCCGGGCGACACAGACGAGUGCCAGGAGGCGGUGGAGGAGUGGGCGGAGGGAGAAGGAGGGGUGGAGGUGGGGGAGGUGCGCUGUGAGGUGGUGGAGCAGGACCCAGAUGAACAGAUCUACAACGUCCUGGACCCCCACCCCGCCACCGUCCAGCACGAGUCCCCCCCACCCACAGAGGAGGAGGAAGAGGAGGAGGAGGUGAGAGCUGGGGUUGCCUACACUGGGGACUACUAUGGCCCAGAGGAGGACAAUGGGAACUCCGUGGUUCACGUACCGCGGUCUCCAUACCGUGGCCGUAAGGUGGUAGUGGAGGGGGAGACAGGGGAGGAGGCAGAGGAGGACAUUGACCAGAUAGUGGCAGAGAUCAAGAUGAGUAUGAGCAUGGGUAGUCUGAGCAGCGGUGGCACUGACCAGAGCCCUGACGAGCUGGUGCAAGACAGUGUACCCAGUGAUUACCACCCUCCUGAGGCCCACGCCAAGCCUGAGCCUGCCCCCUACACCCCAACCCCACACCGCCAUGACAGCAGACCCAAGUCCCUCAACCUCCCCUCCACACGGCACAACAACCCUGAGCUCCAGAGGGGCUUCAAGGUUCGCUCCCGCACCCCGGAGGAGCGACAGCAGUGGGCUCAAGAACAGAUGACCAACGGUGCAGAGCAGCCCAGGAAACAGCAGCGUUCUGACCUCAACGUGCCGCUGGAGAACAACAAUGUCCCGGAGGAAACAAAGAAGGCUGCAUCUUUCCCCAGCUUUGUUAAUGUUCCGGGUCCCUGUGAGCCAGAAGAUCUUAUUGAUGGCAUCAUCUUUGCUGCUAACUACCUGGGCUCCACCCAGCUGCUCUCUGAGAGGAACCCGUCCAAGAACAUCCGCAUGAUGCAGGCCCAGGAGGCUGUCAGCCGGGUCAAGAGGGUUCAGAAGGCUGCCAAAAUCAAGAAAAAGGCGAGCCCAGAGGGGGUCGCACAGACACUGACAGAGGUGGACCUCUUCAUCUCCACCCAGAGGAUCAAAGUGCUCAACGCAGACACACAGGAAACUAUGAUGGACAACGCCCUGCGCACCAUCUCCUACAUAGCUGACAUUGGGAACAUCGUGGUGCUGAUGGCGAGGCGCCGCAUGCCGCGCACAGCCUCCCAGGACUGCAUCGAGACCACACCUGGAGCCCCAGAGGCCAAGAAACAGUACCGGAUGAUCUGCCACGUCUUUGAGUCUGAGGACGCCCAGCUCAUAGCCCAGUCAAUUGGGCAGUCAUUUAGCGUGGCUUACCAGGAGUUCCUGAGGGCCAACGGCAUCAACCCAGAGGACCUGAGUCAGAAGGAGUACAGUGACAUCAUCAACACGCAGGAGAUGUACAACGAUGACCUCAUCCACUUCUCAAACUCUGAGAACUGCAAAGAGCUGCAGCUGGAGAAGCAUAAGGGAGAGAUCUUGGGCGUGGUCAUAGUGGAGUCUGGCUGGGGCUCCAUCCUGCCCACGGUCAUCCUGGCCAACAUGAUGAACGGUGGGCCGGCCGCCCGCUCCGGGAAGCUCAGCAUCGGAGACCAGAUCAUGUCCAUCAACAACACCAGCCUGGUGGGGCUGCCGCUCGCCACCUGUCAGGGAAUCAUCAAGGGCCUGAAGAACCAGGUGCAGGUGAAGCUGAACAUUGUAAGCUGUCCCCCUGUCACCACCGUGCUCAUCAAGAGACCAGACCUCAAGUACCAGCUGGGCUUCAGCGUCCAGAAUGGGAUUAUCUGCAGCCUGAUGCGUGGGGGUAUUGCUGAGCGGGGGGGUGUCCGGGUUGGCCACCGCAUUAUUGAGAUCAAUGGCCAAAGCGUGGUGGCUACAGCACAUGAGAAGAUUGUCCAAGCCCUCUCAAACUCUGUGGGCGAGAUUCACAUGAAGACAAUGCCAGCGGCCAUGUUCAGACUCUUAACAGGACAGGAGACUCCUAUGUAUAUAUAAACCAAGGACAGAUCCCAUUGUCCUCCACAGAGGAGCUGUAAGCAGCGGUUGUUUACAGUCCAGUUGGAGAGCUCUGGGUGGACAAGACUAGCAGACUAAUGAGUGUCUGAGGAUGGCAAGUGAGCCAGAGUGAUUACCUUUCUUACUUUUGUGUCGAUGACUUGUCCUUUUCUGAGCUAACAUUCAUCCAACUGAUACUCCUGAUGUUUUGCUGAUGUUAAUACUAAAGAGGGUCAUCUGGGAAGAAGGUGUUUACGUUAUUUAUUUGUGUUUGUGUUUUUUGGAUGCAUCACAAUGUAUUUUUUAUAUUCACAAUGUAAUAUUGUACCUGCAUAUUGUUUCAUUUACUUUUCUUUGUUUUUCAUUUUCAUGUAAAUACAUAUUUUGCUAAUGUGUCUAAAGUAAUGGGGAAGGGUCAUGGUUGCUUUGUAAAUAUUUAUAGACUUUUCCUGCUGGUUUGAUAAAGGACGGUUUGCUAAAGGAC